AAUAGUGUACACACGUACUUGCUCGUAAAGUCUACAAAUAAAAGGCAUUACACGCGAUGAACCACAGCAAUAUUAUACAAAAGUUCACGAGAAAUGCCGUUCUUGGCCUACAGCAAGGUGUUGUUGUCGAUCAUCCCGUCAUCAUAUUACUAGAGCGGGGGAGGACCAAGGUAACGACGGAGAUGUCGAGCGGGACAUCAUCGGAGAGUUGGAGGUAUGUGGUACUGGUCACCAAAUUUAGUCUGGAUUUCCUGACGCAGGGACUCUUGAAAGCGUUUGGUGUUCUCGUUCCAGCCCUCGUCAAUAAAUUAGAGACAAACUAUGGAACAAUCGGAUUCAUCUUGUCUUUGGAAUUAACCGUGUUUUUCAUGGCAUGCCCCCUUGUGUGCAUCCUUGCCAAACGAAUCAAUCCAAGGGCGCUUUGCAUUGUGGGUACUGUGGGAUCAAGUGCAGCAAUCAUAGCUUCCGCUUAUGUCGAUUCACCCGCCUGGUUUGGAUUUGCUAUGUUCAUGACUGGGCUCUUUAGCUCCCCGAUAAAUCAGAUAUCAUACGAGGUUCUGCAUCAGUAUUUUGGAGAAAAGUUCGGCUUCGUGAAUUCCAUAUGUCUCCUGGGCAGUUUAGUAGGCGGUAUGGCAUUUCCUGUCCUCACCUCCAAACUUCUAGACGCCUAUGGACUUGAGGGCGCUCUUCUUUGUCUUGCAGCUGUAUAUCUCCAUUGUACUCCUGUAGCGGUUACCUUUCGACCACCACAUUCUUCAACAGGUGGAUUUUACCAAGUGCCUGCGUGUGAAGAGGGUGACAUUGGAAGAGUGAUUGAACUCCCCGAAGGAGCAGAGGAAAAUGAUUUGACUUUGCAGCCUGAUGAUUGUGAGACCGCGGAACAAGUCGAUCCUUUUGCAGUAGGUCAGAAUGAAGAAAAUAAUGCAAAAUCAAAACUCGACAGAGUCGUAGACUUCCUCACGGUUACUUUGAAUAUUCCAAUGCUUGCUCAAGAAAAGGCAUUCUGUUUAUUAUUCUUGCCAUGUAAGUACAUUGUACAGGUCACCAUGGUUAGUUGGACACUCUUCGUGGUGUCUUAUGGAUUGACAAAAGGCCUUGAUGAAUCCCUCGCGGCCUAUCUACCUCUAGCUGGUGCUUUGGGCGGUUUCAUCAACCAAGGAGUUGUCACCAUCAUCCUGCAUUUUCGACCACACUGGGGCGCGAUUAUUUUCAUCGCAAACAUGGCAUCUGUAGCCGCCGCAUUCUUCCUGUACCAACUUCGUGUAUCCUUCAGCCAUCUCCUUGUGUGCUCCUUUUUUGCCGGAGGUGGGAUUUUCGGAGCCUUCCCAGCCACGUACUCUGUCCUGGUUUUCUACGUCGCAACGGAACACUUUGCCGGUAUCCUCUCCAUUAAGUUAUUUGUGACAGGAGCUGCUGUCAUUUCGUCAGGUUACAUGGCAGGAAGUCUUUACGAUGUUACUGGAUCUUUUGAUGACGUCUUCAUGAUCCUGGGAGGCAUGAGUGCUGCAUCGGUCCUCCUUACCAUCGCUCUGAUGCUGGUCAAGAAAAGACGGAGGGAUCCCCAGUGAGAUCAAAACCAGGGCAGCGUUUCAUGAAACCGUGCAAUGGACAAGUUUGCCGGCAUCCCAUUAAAACGCGUGUAUUCAAAUCACACUCGUUUCAUCGGGAUUUCGGCGAACUUGCGAUGGACAUACGACAUUUUCUUGAAAGGGUACCUCGUUGAACAGUUUUAUGACCUUGGUGGAGAAACUGAGAGGACAUAUUUCAUGCGAAUUUGAGAGGAAAGACGACACGAGAAUGUCAGAGUUUCGUUCAAAUUGGAAAAUGUCCGUAAUGGAUGGUAUGAUCGUAGUUGGGAAACCGUAAAAUAAGAUCAUGUUCAAUGCGGAAGAUGACGGGGGAAAUUUCAAAGUAUAGGGUACGAUUCUGAGAGCGAAAUCUAGAGGCAAUUGUCUCAGGAAUUGAUUGCUUGCUUCGACAUGAUGUUACGAGAUGUUGACUUCAACAUAGGCCUACCUGCGAAAUACAAUUUCUAGCACAUACUGAAACAAAUGUUUGAAAUGACUCUUAAAUGAUUCUCAUUUUAAAGUAUUUUAGAGUUAUAUUGGCCUUAAAGCAAUAUUGAAGUCUAACUGAAAUGCUGAGGGAAUUCCAUUUUUCAAAGAGUUAUUAUUGAUGGUUCUAGUACACCUACCCCGUGGACAUCCACCCCCUUGGUGACCACCCCCAGUCAACUACCCCUUAGGACAGCUACCCCCCGGACAACUAUCCCGGGUUAGUCGGAGGGUAGUUGGCUGGGGGUGGUUAUCCGGGGGCAGGAUGUCCAGGGGGUAGGUGUCCGUAUACGAUGAUUGAUAUCAUAUCUGAAUAUAUGGUUUUAUCUAAUUUUUGUCAUUUAUUUCACGUAUGCAUAAUUUCCCCACCGUAGUAUUUGAAGAUGCUUUCCGAAUUUAUCAUCGAAUCGAUUAUGUUAAUCGUUUUGUCUUUAUAAAUCAUUAUUAAACGAAACAAAAAUUGUAUAGUUACAAAUAAGUUUCAUUUUCUAUGUUA